AUGAUCGGAUCCAACCUACAAUCGCUUUCCCUCCUUCCGAGUACAUCGACCCAAGAGACCUUGGUGUUAGGCCCGGAUGGAUGUGUCGAGGCCACAUGUGAAUCCAAACGAGGAGGUUUAUUCUUUGCCAAUGAGUCUUCCACCUUCGAGGAACGAGGUCUUCAUGAAACCAAGAACGGUGUGCUGCUUCUUGGGUCUGGCUACGCUUACUACGGCUUGGACUCCGUGUACUUUGACAGCGCUCUAUCAGCCAGCCGUCAACUCAUUGGUGUAGUUAACUCAACCGACUGGUGGCUUGGGAGCUUGGGACUGGGUUUGGAGUUGAGCACAAUGGACAACGACACAGAUGGUUAUGUGCCAUUUCUGUCCAGCCUCGUGCAGGACAAUGCCAUGAUACCAAGCCACAGCUAUGGUUACACAGCCGGCGCAAUUUACCGGUUGAACGGAGUGCCUGCUUCAUUAACUCUGGGAGGUAUUGAUACCAAUCGAUUCAUUCCCAACAACCUGACAUUCAGUUUGAGCUCAAGGUCCGCACCCGUUGUGUUUCUCAAUUCGAUAUCCGUCUCGUCUGACGCAGACGACGGCGGGCAUCCCUCAAACUGGAGGUCCUAUUCUACAACGUUGCUGGAAUCCUCUGACGCCGAUUUGUUCGCCAUCGACUCCUCAACUCCGUUUUUGUGGCUGCCAGGCUCAGCACGCGACGCAUUCGCAAAGGCCUUGAAUUUGACAUACAACAAAACCAUCGGACUGUACGAAUACCCUGACUCUGUCACGUCUCCAGAAACCCUUUCAGCCUGGAACUUGACUUUUUCUUUUGUGGUCAGCAGUUCUGCUGGCGCUCCCAGCAACCUUACGCUGACUUUGCCCUACGAUGCAUUCAAUCUCCAGUUCUCUUAUCCAUUUCCCAACGGGAAUGCCGGCAAGUCUUCCGCACGAAUCAAUUAUUUCCCUGUACGAAAAGCCACAGACUCAACGUUCUAUACACUCGGUCGUGCUUUUCUACAAGAAGUCUACCUCGCGGUUGAUUACGAACGGCACCGGUUUUCUCUUUCACAGGCUGUAUUUCGGGCAGACGCCAACGAAAACUUGAACCUUUUGUCCAUAACCCGACCAGAAAACAGCUUGUGGCCUGGACCAGGCCCUACCGCGGAAAGCAGGCUCUCCACUGGCGAAAAAGUAGGAAUUGGGAUAGGAGGAGUGACCGGGAUUUUGUGCGGGUUAUUUGCAAUCAUAGUCAUUGCAAGAAGGCAAAAGACCAAAAAGGUGGCGACAGACAGUUCAAACACGGACGUCAGGUUCAGUACGACAAAUUCGGGAUCGUCCGUCUUGGAGCUCGUUGGCGACAGGACCUACGCAGCAGAGGCAUUGUCAGAUUCCACGGUGUCCAGAUUUGAGCUUCCAACCAGCUCAUCAAUUGAGAUGCCAGCGGGUGAUGUGCCAUCCAAAUUUCUCCAAGGGUCUGGUCUGAUGAUUAGCCGGAUUCCGGACACAUUGAACAGCGACGCGGAACAGGCUCAGCCUGGUCUAUGGAGCACUGAAAUCUUGGGCCCGGAGGAUGACAGUAUCAAAGCGAUGGAGGCCUCUGCGGCUUUUGGUUCCAGGUGA